AUGAGAAAGCUGUUGUAUAUUCUCGGGAUAGCAGCACUGGGUAGAACUCAAUUGUCAAAUUUAGUUGCGCGACUAUCACAAAAUUCACCCGAUGAUACGAACUUUCACUCUGUUUCUCAAGAUAUAAUUGCCAAUAGAUUCCCAAUUUUGGAGUCCUCGUGUGUGCAGAGAGCACUAUCAGAAUUCCUACCUCAAUGCCUUCAAUAUGGAAUUGAAACAGUAUCGACAGAAACCAGAAUCCAAGCUGCAGUGAAAUUAUCUGUCUGUGAGCUACAAGCUUCAAGAGUUGACAAUAUCCCAAUUGAAUGUACUUCUCUUUCAGGUACAUCCGAAUGUGUUAGGGCAUUAGAGAAGUCGCCCCAAUGGUGGACAACGUAUAGUGGAAAUUAUCAAAGACUGCCUUCAAUAUGUUUUGAAAAUGCUUUACCUUAUGAAAAAGAACAGAUACUAUCCCUAUUCUUGAAUAUAACAGACGUUUAUUCAGGGUUCUGGGAUGAUAUUGUACUUGAAAUCGAAAAGUACAAGGAUAAGUUUCAGGAGACGACUGAAGAGAACCUAAAUAGCAUGAAACAGAAAGUUGAAGAAACUACUCAUGAAAUUAUUCAACAUUUAAAGGAGGAGUUGGAAUCAAUGGAUAGUAAACUGGAAGAUCUUAACGAAACUGUUUUUGAGCACUCUGACAGCAUUCGAACUGUCUUGGGUGAUAUUGAUGAGGAGAUUAACGAGUAUGACGUUAAAGGUCAGAUAUUACAUCUCAAGCAUGACACUUUGUCUGCCUGGAGAGACCUUAAUAACGAAAUUGAUGGAUAUAAAAACCUUCAAGUUAGUUAUUUGAGAGAUAUUGAUCUAAUAUUCGAAAAGUUUUACGCUGAAACGUCAAAGUCAAUCGGCCAGGUGGGAAAUGCAAUUGUAGAUUCCCAACUGGACACUAUAAAUCUAAUAAGUGACUUCAAUAACUUGUUGAAUAAUUCUAUUCUGCCCGCUCUUGUUGAUGACUUACUUCCUGAAGUGGAACAUAUUUCAGGGUUCAUAGUCAAUAAGUUAUCAGCAAUAGAUAGUAUGGUGGAUGAAAAACUGGAUACUUGGGGGUCGCGGAUGGAUAUGAAACUGGGGGACAUUGAAUCUCAUAUUAGUGAUACAGUGGAAAAGGUUGAGGAAAUGAAUGACUCGAUUGAAAUACUACAGAGUAGAAUUGGUUUUUUGGUGUCCAUUGGGAAUAAUAUUUUGAGAUUUUUGAUGUGCAGUUAUAACUUUUGUCACAACCUAUUUGUAAGUUAUAGAGCGUUAUCAUUUGGAGUUAUUACUCUGUUGUAUCUUUUUAAUAAACCGAUUCCUUUUUCAAUUUCAUAUUUGCUGCUGAUUAAGUCUGUUCUGGUGUUUAUAGCCGCUGUCUUGGGUGCACGGACUGGCUCACUGCUGUCAUUUAAAUAA